AGAGAAGCACAAAUCAAAACAACACAGAGACAGACUAGAAUACUAGUAGUCUAGAGACUGUCAGUGCAGCGAUGGCUUGUCUGCUUUACUGUUAGUAAUAGUAGUAUCUGGGGUGCAUAUGUCACUACGUGUGUCUUCCCAUGAUAACUUGAAGCAGGAUCCCAUAGCAAGGGUCUUUGUUUCUUUCGUUUGGUCUUUCGCACAUCUACGGUAUGUCAUUGAGUAGGUCCAUACCGCGCAUCGAGUGAAGGUGAGAACCAAUUGGACAAAUCCAUGUGUCAGUGAACAAAUAUUCACACUUAUCUACAUGUGUGACCUGUGAGGAGUCAGCACUUACAGAUUCAGCGAAUCGUGGUCACUGCACCAAGCAACACACUGGCUCAUCACAUUCACCCGUUAUACGCUGGUCUGGGCUGAUUUGUUGCUGUAUCUCUAUUGCCAGUGGAUGUCUGGACGGCCAGUGAGAAAGCCAAAGCAAUCUGCUUGCACGGAGACGUGUCUUCCCGUGGAGCGAGAUGACCUGACUGCUGACUCUCUAGCUUGCCUGGUCAUUGCCGUCCUGGAAGCGGUUCUCUUCGAGCGCAGCCAGAUCCCGUGUGUAGUCAAGAUCCUACGGCGAGUGGAAAGUCAGGAAGAGGGGGCUGCUGAUGGAGCGCCAGUGCGACGGCGUGGCCCACAGCGGCAGGACAGGAGCAAGUUCCUGGCUGAGCUGCAGCUCGUGUCGGACGCAAUGAAGGCAGCCGUGGCGAAUGUCGAUGUGAAGAGUGUCAUGCUGAUGUUCGGUGCGACAACGAUCAGUGCUAAGGAGGUGUACGAGGUUGACAUUAGCCAACUUACUCGGUGCCCAGAUGCCGGCCAAGCGACGAACAACGAUAAGCUCUGCCGUUUUAGUCUGCUGGGAAUGCUAGCAAGCCAUGUUGAUUGGACUAAGAGACUAAAGCCAGCUAAGACAAUAAUGCGAGCAUCUGUUUUGCUAAACAUCCCUUAUCCGCCUCCCGAGCACCUGGGCCUGAAGCCGGUAAGAGCAUUUAGGAUACCAAGAACCGCGGUCCACGUUCGCUUUGUUGCCCGUGGACCGGGAGCCAGUCGGGAUCAGACACUUGCCAGAGAGAGCAAUGCUGAAACCGUCUCACCUGCAGCUGCAGCAAUGCCUGGCUUUCCUGUAGAUGCUACCCAUGAAGUUCUCGAUGGUGUAACUGCAAGCGACGCUGAUGACCUGGCCAGUCGCAUGGAAACUUUCAGUGUGUCCAGUGAGGAAACAGGCUCUGGUAGUGCAGACUCAACAGCAACAGCAUGCGCUGCUGCUGAUGCUGCUGCUGCAAUCUGUGACAAGGCUGUAGCUUGGUAUCAGAUUCCAGUCACAUUGAGAGGAUUCUCAGGGACUAGUUGAUUUAUUGACGUGACAAACAAGAUGCGAUUAUCUGAACUCAUGUGCAACGACAAUGCACCAAAGUUGCUUUACUUUUCUCAUUCUUUUUGGAAAUAUCACAUUUUUAAUUGCUUAUCAGCUGAGCAUGGAUUCUCGAAAUGUACGUGUAAAAUUAAUAAUGUAGGUGUACAUGUAACUGCAAGCCGAGACACCCUGCUACAUUCAGAUCAGACCAGACAGCAGGUAAAAUUCAAAAAAAAACCACUAUGCCAGGUAGCCGGGUGUAGUUGUGCGUUUGAUAUUAGUCCGUUUGCAAGAUGAGCAGUCACUGAGCACACGCAGGACUCUCUGUACAUGUAGUUGCACUGAUCACACUGGCACUCCACUGCCACUAAUGGCGUGUACUUCGUUCCUGGUAGGAUAUGUGCGUCUUCUUAUUCUACACUAAGAAUGUGUGGACAUCACGCAACUGCAUUAUGAAAGAAAAGGGCGUUUGCCAGUUGACAAACCCCCUUUUCCUACUUAUUCAAGUCAUGUUCCAGUAACUUAUGAUUGCAGAUGCAACCGGCCCUGUGACGUCAUGAGUCGUUACAGUUACCUGAUAUCA